AUAUGGAGAAUAAUAAUUAAAACAGAAAAACAGAGGAAUACUUCACCACACUGCCGCAGCACCGGUCGGGGGAGGAGCCGACAGAUAUAGAGGAUGAGUAACAUGGCAGCAGGUCCCUCAAAAGUGAGGCCGGGUUCAUCGCAACCUUCAGAAUCCUCCAAGCGGAAACGCGGAAUGUUUCAGAAGGAUUUGCAGCAUAUGAUGUAUGGGUUCGGAGAUGAUGCUAAUCCCCUUCCAGAGACUGUUGCACUUGUUGAGGAUAUUGUUGUGGAGUACGUCACGGAGAUGGUGCAUAAAGCUCAGGAUAUUGCAUCCAAACGAGGAAAACUCUUGACAGAAGAUUUCCUCUUUCUAAUCCGAAAGGAUUUGCCAAAACUCAACCGGUGCACGGAGUUGUUGUCGAUGAACGAAGAACUGAAGCAAGCAAGGAAAGCUUUUGAGGUUGACGAAGAGAAACUGGCUUCGACUGACUGAUUCUGAUAUGCGUUAUAAACAGAGUGUGUUUUCAACAAUUUUAUGAUAUGAAUUUUGUUGUUAGUGCAA